GUUAGCAGCAGCAAACCAGAGAUAGAGGAAGAAAGCUACCAAAAUCAAGCCUCUGAAUUUAAGAUGUUAUUCUGUAUCUCUGGAUAAUUAUUCAGAUUUCUGGCUCUGCUUCUUCACUGUUGCUUAAUUUCGGUUUACCAGCGAUAAGCAAGGCAACAAAACGAUGUCAACACAAGAGCAACAAGCUAACAUCGGCAAAGUUCUCAGCUUUCUUCGGGAAUGGGACCGCGGUGACAUGAGGGUCCGCGGUCGCAUGUUGAGCACCUUUGUGACUCAAAACACGGGGAAGACGUUUUAUGAGCUGGAGCUGGAGUUUGCGCAGGUCGCCAGUCUCUUCCUAGCUCGACUUACCACAUGGAUGAAGCUCACUUACAUGUUAGGCACCUUCCUGGGACUUCAGCUGAAAGCACUUGGGAUUUUCCUGUCUGCUUCUUGUCAUGAUCAGUAUCUGAUGAACUUCCUGGAGGAUGGGGGAGCUCUCACUCUGCUGGACAUUUUGAGCCACUCUCAGAGCAAAGAUGAUGACAAGGCCGGAGCCAUCAAACUUCUACUCACUGUCUCAAAAGCAGGUCGCAAGUACAAGGAGAUCAUCUGUGAAAGUCACGGUGUUAAAGUCAUAGGCGAGUGCCUGUUCACAUCAAACAGAGAUGAAACCAAAGAGGCAGCGUCGGUCCUUUUGGAGUCCCUGUCCCACGGAAAUCCCAGAUAUCAGGACCAAGUCUACAAAUAUCUGAUUACCUGCAUGACUUGUAGCUCACCUAAAUCCCUGCAGCUUAUUCUGCACACCUUAUGUAUCAUCCAGCGAAAAAUGAAAACAGCCCAUUACAGCAUUGUAGAGCCUCUGCUUAACACACUCAGAUCCCUACACCUGGAAGUUCAGGAUGAAGCCAUUAAACUCAUCUUAGACCUGAAGCAUUAUGAUGUGAAGGCAGUUCUACUGACUGGUUUGGUGGCUCUACUGAGGCCUAUUAAAGAAAAAGAACACCAGCAUCAAAUCAGCAAAGAAUCAGAGAUGACUGAGAUGACUGGAUCUUUCCCUGUACUUGUACAGCAAGCUGCUGCAGCUAAAACAAUACGGCUGCUGGCUGAGGAAGAUCAAGAGCUUUCUCGUGAGCUGCUCUCUCUUGGAGUGAUCCAGCAUCUUCUGCACACUAUGGGCAACAGAGAACAUCCUGAUGGCCAAAUACAAGCCAGUCUAACAUUAGAGUACUUUGUCGUCUCCUUCCCUGUUGUUGAGGACCAAGUGCAGAGAGUGAUGGGCAGCGCUCUGUUUGCAGAGUUCAAAAACAAAGCUGACACUGUAUACAUGAACAUGAAUGAAACAGAAGCAGAAAUGCUGCUAACAAAUCAGAUUAACAUGUCACAAGUUUUAAAUGGUAACAAGUCUGACAGCUGACCAGAGGAAAAAUCGUUUCAUAAACGGAUAUAAAUAAGGUUUUUAGAAAUGUUUGUAUUAAUACCUAUAACCUGUUCUACCAUUUGUUUUUGUAUUAAGAAAAAAUAUUCUAUCUAUCACUAGAAAAAUGGGAAGUUCAGUCAUUUAUAUUAAUAUAGCGAGAAAUGGCUCGGACAAUGGGAGCUCUGUCAUAGUUUUGGGGCUUCUUCUCAAAUAAAUACAAAUAAAUAAAUAAAUUUGCAAUUUAUAUGUGUUUGAGGUGUGUGCGCACACACACACACACGCGUGUGUAUACUCGCUUGAGUCAAAUUUGAGGUCGCACUUUUUAACUCCCACCCUUUGGGGACACCGGUUUCUGUUUGGUUUAGAAGCAGGCUGACAACUGAAUUUUACACCUCCAAAUCCACAGAAAUAAAAUAAAUCACUUGAGAUUUUCAUUUCAUUAAGCAAUAUUUCUUCAUACAGUAUUUUUACCUUCCUAUUGGGGACUGGGAAUGUUUAAUGUCCCAUUUGGUGUCUUCAGUGAUAAACCAACACAGAUAAACCAUUUUGUGCCACUUUUGAGGACCGUACUUCCCUUUGGGGUCUUAAGCAAUACACAGAUACACUAACUAUUUUACUUCAGUUUGGGGGAUAUUACUUCCCUAAAGGCAAGUCC